GGAUCAAUGCAGCAACAUCUCCCCAACCGGCUGAAACGUCGCCACAUUAUUGCAGCCGCCGACUGUUCUUUCCUUUCUACAACAUUAACGUCUGGGGAACACAGCAGAUUCUCUCCUGAUCCUCGGCGACACUUCAAUCAUACCACUACGUAACACCUGGUCAAUUUAUCUCCAAUCGUGCGAAAAUGCUUUCCUUGCGUCGAGCUUUCAUCAGCGGUCUGCUGCUCCUCGGAGUCUGCGUUGCCUUGUUCUCUUCGGGCGCCGAGGCUACCAAGGGACCCAAGAUCACCCACAAGGUCUACUUCGAAAUCACCCAGGGAGAUGUGCCCCUUGGUAGAAUUGUCAUGGGUCUCUACGGCAAGACCGUCCCCAAGACGGUCGAGAACUUCCGAGCUUUGGCUACUGGCGAGAAGGGUUUCGGCUACGAGGGAUCUAGCUUCCACCGUGUCAUCAAGCAGUUCAUGAUCCAGGGCGGUGACUUCACUAAGGGCGAUGGCACUGGUGGCAAGUCCAUCUACGGCGACCGCUUCCCUGACGAGAACUUCAAGCUCAAGCACUCCAAGCCUGGCUUGUUGUCCAUGGCCAACGCUGGAAAGGACACCAACGGCUCUCAAUUCUUCAUCACCACCGUUAUCACCGGAUGGCUCGAUGGUCGCCACGUCGUCUUCGGCGAGGUUCUAGAGGGCAUGGACAUUGUCACCAAGAUCGAGCAAUCCCCGACCAAGCCUGGUGACAAGCCGGCGGAGGAGAUCAAAAUCGUCAAGAGCGGAGAGCUGGAGGUGCCCCCCGAAGGUAUCCACGUGGAGCUAUAAACCACCCCAACACACUCUGUUCAUCUUCAGAAGCUUCUGUCUGGUUUUCUUCCGUCCAUUCCCCCGUCUACUAGGCUGAUGCGCAUGUCCUCCUUCCAGACGACGUUUACGGAUCUGCCCAAUGGGCCGCGGGAAUCUCCACCGAAGACGCUGGAAACCCCAUCGAAGAGGCAGUCCCCUUAGCAGGAUUCUCUGUUUUCCAGAAGGUCGCCCUCUUCGGUGUCGUCAUUGCUAUUAUUGCAGUCGGCAUCAGCCUGUGGAGGCGAAAGGCGAGCCCGGAGGAUCAGGGCUACGUGAAGACAUUGGCUUAAAUGAACUGCAUAAGGGGCCUAAGAAGCAAUACAUAUAUGGUCUAGCCUGGUGGUUCCAUGUCUUGUUCUUGAAUUGUGAUCGUUGGUACUUGCGAUGUGACUUGUGACGAGCUACCCUACCCUGGAGCCGCUCCUUGGACCAACCAGUUAAAUCUUCAGCACCAAAAAAUUUCAAGUCAACGAUUCA